AUGAGCAUGGCUUCACUCAAUAUCACGCGACUCUUUUCGGUCAAGGGCUAUGUUGCGGUAGUUACCGGAGGCAGUAGUGGUCUGGGCCUGAUGAUCUCAAAAGGCCUCGUUACAAAUGGUGCCAAGGUUUACGUCGUUGCGUUGCCAAGUGACCCAGUCGAUCAAGCCGUCCAAGACCUGAACGAGUUGGGCAAGCUCUCUGGUGGAAGUGCUAAAGGUGUGCCAUGCGACCUGUCAUUGAAGGGAGAGACGACAAAGCUCGCAUCAUAUAUCGAAAAACGAGAACAUCGCCUUGACUUACUGGUAUCGAACGCCGGCAUUCGACGGGAUCCGCUAGAUCCUUGUAACGUUCUGACUGCUAAUGUCAGCGAAUUGCAAGCUUCGAUGUGGUCUUCAAGCCCAUCGGACUGGAAAGAGACCUUUGCUGUCAAUGUCACAGCACACUAUUACUUGGCUGUCGCCUUUCUACCCUUGCUAAUGGCUGCGAAACGCGAGGGCGACAACGGACCGAGUAGCCGUGAAGGACGCGGCGCCAUGAUUGUCACGAGCUCGUGUGCCAGCAUGCACAACGUGACCAACGUUGACUUGACAAGCUACGCCGCGAGCAAAGCCGCCACGGAUCACCUAGUGAAGCUUUUGGCCGCCAAGUUUAGCAGAUUCUACAUCAGAGUUGUGGGUUUGAAUUCUGGGUUUUUCCCAAGUCGUAUGAAUCCUGUCGGAGAGGAAGGCAAUGUGUUCAGUGCCUUAUUCGACAAAGUUCCUGCCAAAAGAGCGGGCGAGGAGGAAGACAUUGCGGCAGCAGUCAUCUAUCUUGCUAGCAAAGCCGGAUCAUAUGUCAACGGGGUCAACUUAUGCGUUGACGGUGGCCGUGUUCUUGUGGCGAACGGACAAGAAUGA